ACACAUCAUUCACCUUAACUGUUGAUUUCUGUAAAGCUGCUUUGAGACAAUGUCUGUUGUGAAAAGCGCUAUAGAAAUAAACUUGACUUGACUUGAGUAAUCUGUAAUCUCAAAGCCUCCUUUACAUUCAUCUAGCUGUUACCUGUGUGUCUGAGUUUAACUAAACACCAUUGGCCUCCUUUGAUAUGAACUGCAACACAAGAUGGUGCCAGAAAUAAGCAUGUGUUUGAAACACAUAACUUCAGUUAGAAUCACCCAAUGCAUCUAAAGUGGAGUCUAAAUACCAUAGUACAUUAUUAAAUGGGAAUAAAUUGGAAUGAAGUUGUUGAAAUGCUGAAUGCUGAGGAAAUGCAGAGAGUAGAUUACAUACAAUACAAAUAUGAAUAAAGACAGGUUAAAAUAUAAUAUAACAGGGGAAAUCUUUUUGAACACAUUUCUAUUAAAUGCACUAGAUGCACCCGGCGCUGGAAGUGAGCUGUGCAGAUUGUACUGCUCUGCUGUUUAUACUGACAUUCAGCAGGGAGGAAAGUUGCCAUCGUUUGACGUUUAAAGUAACGCACCAUUGUGACAAAGUAGUUUCUCCAAAAGCAACGUCAUUUUGCAGUUUGUGACGUCGGGAGCCUGAGUCUGGCGCGAGGGGAGCGGAACUCUGCACGCCUCGGUGCUGGUGCGCGCGCUGCGGCUAAGCGACAAGAAAAGAUGCGCCUUCUGCACUUAAGAACAACGCGAACGGAGAUCCACUGAGAUCUCUUCCCUCUUUCACACGCGCAUACACACACACACACACACUGUCAUCACUGCUCUGUAAUAAGGACUCGGUGACUAAAUUCAAUAUGAGGAUGCUGGCCAACAGCACAUUCCCGCACCUGGAAGAAGACUUGUUCUUUAAUUCGUCUGGCAAUGAAACGCACAGUGAAGCUCAAGGCAGCGCGAUCCUCAUCUCCUUCAUCUACUCUGUCGUGUGCCUGGUUGGACUCUGUGGCAACUCCAUGGUCAUUUAUGUGAUAUUCAGGUACGCCAAGAUGAAAACUGCUACAAACAUUUACAUUUUGAACUUGGCGAUUGCGGACGAGCUGCUGAUGCUCAGUGUGCCCUUCUUGGUGACAUCUUCUCUGCUUCGCCACUGGCCGUUCGGCUCGCUUUUGUGCCGUUUGGUGUUAAGCGUGGACGCCAUCAAUAUGUUUACCAGCAUUUACUGCUUAACCGUCCUGAGUAUCGACCGAUACAUCGCCGUAGUGCACCCUAUUAAAGCGGCCCGGUAUCGGAGACCUACAAUAGCCAAGAUGGUCAACUUGGGCGUGUGGAUGUUUUCGAUCUUAGUCAUUUUACCCAUCAUUAUAUUUUCCACUUCCACCCCAAACUCGGACGGCUCGAUCGCCUGUAACAUGCAGAUGCCUGAGCCGCAGCGUCGCUGGAUGGCAGUGUUUGUGAUUUACGCCUUUCUCAUGGGCUUCCUUUUCCCGGUUCUUGCCAUAUGCAUGUGCUACGUCCUGAUCAUAGCGAAGCUGAGAGUGGUGGCACUGAAAGCGGGCUGGCAGCAGCGCAAAAAGUCCGAGAGGAAGAUCACGCUCAUGGUCAUGAUGGUGGUGACGGUGUUCGUGAUCUGCUGGAUGCCGUUUCACGUCGUGCAGCUCGUGAACGUGUUCGAGGAGCGGCACAAUGCCACGUUCAGUCAGCUGGCCGUGAUUUUGGGUUAUGCCAACAGUUGCGCCAAUCCGAUCCUCUAUGGCUUUCUGUCGGACAAUUUCAAGCGCUCCUUCCAGAGGAUUUUAUGCGUGCGAUGGGCGGACAGCGCUGCUGAGGAGCCCAUUGACUACUAUGCCACGGCGUUGAAAAGUCGCGGGUACAGUGUGGACGAGUUUCAGCAGGACAACAUAGAGUCGGACAGUGCGUACAGGAACGGUUUAAUCAGGCUUGUUCCUGUAGAUCCUCCCAAGAUGCCACUGAACCCUUGUGAUUGUAUUAGAUUACCCAGUGUAGAUCUAAAUGUAGAUUAAAAAAAAAAUAAAUUAACACUGAAGCUGAACAUGUGGACUGUUUUUUAUAUUAAAAUCAUAAACUGCUGUUGUUUUCGGAAAACCAGAUCAACAUUUACUCUCCAAGCCACCCUUUGAAUCUUGCUAACAGAUUUAGAAGCUCUAUUGGCACUUUUAGUAAAUGCCACCAAAACAAUCAACAUGAAUACGUAUUUAAUGCAGUUUGAGGGAGUGCUUGCAGCCUGUGAUUCUGCAUGUUUUGCUAAGUUUUGUGUUAAUUCUUGCCCAUUGUGCAUUAAAGGAAAUGCGUGCAGGAAAUAAUUGUGUCCCCUAACUUGUCACACAGCUUGGUGGCAUAUCUCUAUUGUGUUAAUAUAAAUAAAAGAUAGUGUGCAUUUUUUAAAAUGUGUUUGAAUUAAAGAAAUAUUUUUGCUAAAAGUCAAAUCUUUGCAACUUUCCUUUUACCCUCUGUAAAAUGACUCACCAGAGACAUGUAUACUUUUUUCUUUUUUAGUAUUAAACUAGUGAUAGGAGGCAAAAUGAACUAAUUAACUAAACAACAUUUUUAUUAUAUGUACAAAACAUGAAAUAUUAAACCACUUUAUAGAUCAUUGCAAGGUCAUUGAAUUUUCAAAUCCAUCCAAAAAGCUAACAAAAAAUGUGCUAAAAAAUACAAACACACACACACACACACAAAAUACAAUGAUUUCCAGUAUCAUAGCAUGAACUCCAAAAUAUAAGUUUUAUAUAUAUAUAUAUAUAUAUAUAUAUAUAUAUAUAUAUAUAUAUAUAUAUAUAUAUAUAUAUAUUUAUUUAUUUA